AUGACCACACACAAGCCUAUCAGCUAUCAUCUCUCGGUGAUCCAGUUGUUGUGGAGUGUGGACGAGCAGAAUUCGACGUCGCUCUUCAAGCACGCGAAAGUCGCCACUCCCUCCUCAUUCUACCGUGUGGUUCCUCCUUACGCUCCUCCCGACUCUGCCUUCAUCGGUGUGGACUGCCGGCCAGGUCGUGCUUCCUUCGCCGGGAGGAAUCCGUACUGUGAGCUGGAAGACAGGAUGGAAAACAUACAAGGACAAGAAAGGUACCCGACUGAUGUCAACUUGCUGAAAGCUGCAAGAGAAGGCAAUACGCAGCUACUUGAACAACUUCUCGACGAAGAACUUCCAAGUAGACUUAAUCAUAUAGUUGUCUCUGUCCCGACAACGAGCUUUGGUAGUAGUGACGGGGGUAUACAUGAGGAACAACCAGCCAAUGGGCAAGGUGGACAUGGAGAAGCAAGCACAAGUCGCCACAGUAAUAAUUCUCCAUCUAUGUCUGGUGAAGUAACGCCUGAUGGUGGUAGACCUCCACCUGAACAUAUCGGAGAAUUGAGCGGGAGACUUACCAGUCACAGGCAUGUUAGUUUAACUCCAUUUGUAUCCAAGCUUCUCCAAGGAGUGACGUCUGACUUGGAUGUGGUGCUCCACAUUGCUGCAAAGCUGGGGCACGUCGACUUAGUGAGGGCCAUCUCCAUGAGGGAGGGUCUGGUAGUCAAUGUACCUGCAAAAAACAAGAGAGGAGAGACCCCCUUGCACUGCGCGGCUGCCAACGGGAAUGUUGACAUGAUCGAUCUCCUGAUACUGAUGGCUGGAGAGGUGGGUGCUAUGCAACUUCUGAGCGAACGAAACCAUAACGGGGAGACAUGUUUGCACGAGGCAGUGCGGUGCGGAAACAUAGAGGCUGCCAAGAGAUUGGUCAUGGCGGAUGUGGCAGUGCAACACUACAGAGAUAUAUGUAAGAGGCCGUGCGCUGGUGCAAAUAGAGGACGAUGAGGGCGUUUCUCCUCUCUACUUGGCUACAACUCUUUGCAGAUUUGAGAUUGUUCGAUGCCUCACUGAAAGAGAACAAGAUGCUAGAUAUUCAGCAUCUUACACUGGGCCUGAAAAGAAGACAGCUAUGCAUGCUGCAGUUCUCGUCAGCAAAGAGCUCAGCGAGCAUCUGAUGCAGUGGAAUGCCUGCCUUGUAGAGAAGACGGAUCUAUUCGGAAACACACCGCUUCACCUUUUGGCAUCAACAGGGGAUACAUCUAUUGCAGAGAUUCUCUUAAAGAAGGAUGAACGUGCGGGAUACCGUGAGGAUGCAGAAGGAUCACUUCCCAUAUAUAUUGCAGCCGCCAAUGGAAAUCUUGACUUCAUCAAGCAUUCAAGCUGUUGCUUGA